GGAUAGCGCGCAUGCGCGUUUGUGGUUUUGCCACGUACAGGUCGCUGAGGCGUUUCCAAUCAGUCAGUCAGGCGUCGUUCAGCUGAAGUCCGGGACACAGGCUGCUGCUGGAAUUGACACGUCCAAACCACCAGCAGUAUGAAUGGCCAGCUGGACCUGAGUGGGAAGCUGAUCAUUAAAGCUCAGCUGGGCGAUGAUAUCCGCCGUAUCCCCAUCCACAAUGAAGACAUCACCUACGACGAGCUCCUGCUGAUGAUGCAGCGAGUCUUCCGUGGGCAGCUACAGAGCAGUGAUGAAGUCGCCAUCAAAUAUAAGGAUGAAGGUCAGUUUUUGACUUCAAAACACGACAAAGUGUUUCACAGUGCUGUCAAAAAGAAUGUUUGUGUUUUCGCAGUGAAUGGGCAGCCUCGGCCACUGGAGUCAUCUCAGGUGAAGCACCUGCGUAGAGAACUGAUCCAUUUGAGGAAUAAAGUCAACAGCCUGCUGGACAGCCUGGAGCCCCCCUCCGAGAUAGUCCCAGAGAGCACCAACCGAGAAUCUGAAUGUGUGAAUGAGGCAGUAGAUUCAACAGUGAAGCAUGCCCCUCCGGUCAGUGCUGCUAGCAUGUCUGCUUUUGACCCCCUGAAGAACCAGGAAGAGGUCAACAAGAAUGUAAUUUCUGCAUUCGGCCUGUCUGAGGAACCUGCCCAAGUUCCAGCUGUAGCCGCCACCGCUGCUGCAGAGGAGCGCUCUGCUACUCCAGACAGUAUUGCCUCUUCAUCUUCUGCAGCGCCCCCUUCUGCUGUGGCUCCCCCAGCUUACUCAGGGGUCCAACAAACUUCCUCUGCAACUAUGGAUGGUCAGAUGUAUCAGCAGUAUCAGGCUCCAGGAGGAUAUCCUCCAGCAGCUGGACCCCAGCAGCAGUAUGGGAUGCAGUACCCUGCUGGUUAUACUCAUUCUGGUGUUCCUCAGGCUCCGCCUCCUCAGCAGCAGUUCCAGAAUUAUCCCGCCCCUACCUCUCAGGCUGCCAGUGCUCCUGGCUCCGCCCCUGGGUUUUCUGGCCAAUCACAGCCUCCUGCUCCUCAAGGACCCACCCAGUACCCGCCUGGAGCAUUUCCACCUCAAAACUACACAUCCCAGGCCUCUCAACAGCCAGCUAACUACAGCCUGCCUCCAACCUCCCAGGCCACAGGGGGGUAUCAGCCCCGUCCUGGAUACACCCUGCCACCUGGCGUCACCCCUUCCUCUGGGGGUGCCAACCCCUAUGCCCGAAACCGCCCCCCUUUUGGCCAGGGCUACGCUCAGCCAGGCCCUGGGUAUCGGUAAAAGGCCGAUAAUGUCCCCACAAGCUAUACGUUUUCUCUGUCUCCAAUGCAUCAGCCCCCAAAAUCUGUGUUUGACAUUCUAAUAUUGUGUUUGUUUGUGCUUUGGAUGAUUGUAUGAAUGCUUGUGAGAAUGAACUUGUGAGAUUGUAUGUGUAUUUGCACACAUAGGAGACCAAAUGGUGUGGACAGCUGUGUGUGUGGGUGUUGUGUGUGUGCAUUUUAUUUUAUCACUGGUCUCCUAUCAUUGGUGUUAUUUUGUCAUAAACCUUGAGUUUUGUGUAAACACUAGAAAAUUAUCAUAAUCAAAGUGAUG